AUGGAAAUUGUUGCGUUGUUUGAUCUGCUCUGUUAUGUACAGCUCACACAUUCAGAGAAGCACCGUGGUACUAACAGAGGAAAUGGAAGCUUUGGAUCAACAAAAAUUGCUAUGGCAAGACCUGCCAUUCGCCAUAACCGUUUCUUUUGGGAGUUGAUUGUUGCUUUUAUGUUCGUUGUCUCUGCCGCUGUUUUCCAAACAUUCCAUUUUUUCAACAAUGCAUGGUUGGUGCACACCAAUGGUUCAUAUAUUUAUCAGCGUGGUUUAGGAGAUGACUGUGUAAAAAGUGGGGAAUUUUGGGAUGGAAUUAGAUGCACAAGUUGGUUGGAUGGUGAACAUAGUACUUUCGUUAUCAAUGGCCAGGAUAUUACCGCUUCUGAUGUUGUUCCACCUUCCACAGGUCUGAGAUUGGCACGCGUCCUCAUGAUUUUCGGCGUUUUAUUAUAUUUAUUCGUUAUUUUCUCUUUAUUUUUCAUUUGUGUGAAACGCAAUCUGAAAGUACAGAAGCUCUUAUGUGCUGUGACUGUAUUGCUAGUUUUCAUUAAUGUAUUCACUAUAUUCAUCGUUAUGGCAGAUAGCUCAAAACCGUUUAUUAAAACCAUGAAAUACUGUUCACUAGGCAGUGCAUUUUACUACUUCCUGUUAUCAUGUUUGUUAUUCUGGAUUGGAAGCGCAGUACAUUUUGAUUCUUGGAUCGAUGUUUAUCAUAAUAUACAUACGAACGAUCUGCCAAUGGGACUUUUAGGUCACAUACGAAGAAACGUAACUUCGUAG